AACCAUUUUCUCCCACUUCAGCUGGAGGUAAAUCAAGAGCAGUCUAGAUUAAUACUGCACGAGUGGUUACGUGUAAAAGUGCGUAGGCCCAGACAUUGCGUUUUUGCUGGAUAUCGAUUCAACUACAGCAGCAGAGAUAGAGAAACGUGUACUUCAGGGUUUCGACGUAAAGGGUUCCACUGAUCCUCAGGAACUGACAAGGAAUGGGAGGAGAUAAAAGGGUUAGCCGCUCUGAGCGCAGCGGGCGAUACGGUAAUUCAGAGCCGUCUCGUGACGAGGGCGGCUGGAGGGAGCGGCGAGACCGAGACCCGGACAGGGGCUACGACAACCACCGCUGGGGCGACGACCGACGCAACGACCGGCACGGAGACGGCGAGAGAUGGGCGGGAGAGAGGUGGGGCCGGGACAGUCCUGAGAGGGGGAGGAAGAGGAGGUGCAGCGAUGGCUCUGAUGAAGGCCAUCACUCUGAUGGUGAUUACUGCGAGCAGGACUACAGGGGUGAACCCGGAGAAGAGAAGGAGAGCAAAACCAUCAUGCUGCGUGGCCUAUCUCUCACCGUGACUGAACAAGAUAUCCGGGCAGCCCUGGAGCAGUUGGAGGGUCCUCAGCCCAUGGAUGUCAGGCUGAUGAGGAAGAGAACAGGUAUAAGCCGAGGUUUCGCCUUCGUGGAGUUUUAUCACUUGCAAGAUGCUACCAGAUGGAUGGAGACCAAUCAGAAACUGCUGACCAUUCAGGGGAAGAGCGUGGCGAUGCAGUACAGCAAUCCCCGGCACAAGUUUGAAGACUGGCUCUGCAACUCAUGCGGCCUGUACAAUUUCCGGAGAAGGCUGAAGUGCUUCAGGUGUGGUGCUGCCAAAGCAGAUGCUGACAGUCCCAGUACCACGGGCACCACGGAUACACAGCCUAGUGGCGAUUACUAUGGCGACACCAUCAUCCUGAGGAACGUGGGGCCCAUGUCCACGGUGGAGGGCAUCAUGACGGCCCUGGCGCCCUACGCCAACCUCUCAGCGGGCAACAUCCGGCUCAUCAAGGACAAGCAGACGGGACAGAACCGCGGCUUCGCUUUUGUACAGCUCUCGUCGCCUCUGGAGGCGUCUCAGCUGCUCACCAUCCUGCAGGGGCUUCAGCCGCCACUCAAACUGGAUGGGAAGACCAUCGGAGUGGACUACGCCAAGAGCGCUCGCAAGGAUCUGCUGCUGCCGGAUGGGAACCGGGUCAGCGCCUUCUCUGUAGCCAGCACGGCCAUCGCAGCGGCCCAGUGGUCGUCCAGCCAGCCUCAGCCGGUGGAUGCGGGCUCUGAGUACAGCUACCUACAGGAGGGCUAUGUGCCUUACUCACAGGAUUACCAGGCAUAUUACCAGCAGGCAGCAGGGGUAGCAGUAGACCCCAGUCAGGGCAACGGCCUCCUAGGAGGUAACUACGACUGUCAUUCAUUUUCUGCUCCAGGGGUGAAGAUGGUGUCUGCUGCUUCCUCCGCAGUGAUCUCCAGCACAGCACAAGUGUACCAGCAACAGCAGCAGCUGCUCGCCAGUCAGACAGCCCAGUCUCUGUUAGGUGUUCCUCAAGGGGAUGGGAAGGCCCAAUCGUCAGUCAUGUCUGCGGCGGCUGCCGCCCUCUCCGCAGCGUCCAGCGCUGCUGCCGCCUCCACAUCCGUCAUGGCUGCUGGCCAUGGCGCCCCCACCGGAGACAGGCCAGCACCAGACACGUCCACGUACCAGUACGACGAGUCUUCGGGGUAUUACUACGAUCCACAGAGUGGCCUUUACUAUGACCCAAACUCACAGUACUACUACAACUCCCAGACGCAGCAGUACCUGUACUGGGACAAUGAGCAGCAGGCCUACCUGGCGGCCACGGAUGCCAACGUCCAGGCGGGCGCUGAUGGCGCCUACGGAGCCGCGGCCUCUGGGACGCCCGGCAAAGAGCCCAAGGAGAAGAAGGAGAAGCCCAAGAGCAAGACCGCACAGCAGAUUGCCAAAGACAUGGAGCGCUGGGCCAAGAGCUUGAACAAGCAGAAGGAGAACUUCAAGGGCAGCUUCCAGCCCGUCAGCCAGGAGGAGCGGAGGGAGGCGGCCGCAGCCGACGCCGGCUUCACGCUCUUCGAGAAGAAGCAAACGGGAGCCCUUGACCGCCUGGUGUCGGAAGCCGCCAGAGCCGCAGAGGAAGAGAAGCCAGCGCCACAGCAACCCCCCACUCCCAGCACAUCCAAGGUUGGGCUGGUAGCGGCCUACAGUGGUCCAGACAGUGAGCCAGAGGAGGUGGCAGAGCCCGAUCGAGGUGGCGGUGGCGUGACUGGGGAAGAGGCCUCUGACAAGCUGACGGACUGGAAGAAGCUGGCGUGCCUACUGUGCAGGAGGCAGUUCCCCAACAAAGAGGGACUGCUCAGACACCAGCAGCUCUCUGACCUCCACAAGCAAAAUUUGGAGGUGCUGAGGCGUUCCAAGCUGAGUGAAGAGGAACUGGAGGAGCUGGAAAGGAAAGAAACUGAGAUGAAGUACAGAGACCGAGCGGCCGAGAGGAGGGAGAAGUACGGCAUCCCAGAACCCCCUGUGCCCAAGAAGAGGAAGUUCACGCCGCCUCAGCCUGUAGUGAACUAUGAGCAGCCCACGAAGGACGGGUUGAACAGCGACAACAUCGGCAACAAGAUGCUGCAAGCCAUGGGCUGGAGAGAGGGCAAAGGCCUGGGCAGGAAUCAACAGGGAAUCACAUCUCCCAUUGAGGCUCAGAUGCGGGCGAAGGGCGCAGGGCUGGGCACCAAGGGCAGCCACUACGGGGUGGCAGAUGGCGCCACCUACAAGGACGCCGUCCGCAAAGCCAUGUUCGCCCGCUUCACCGAGAUCGAAUGAUCAUCUACCUGAAACCAGAAAACCCCAACAGCCCUACUCUACGUUACAGCUUCGUGACUACAUCCAGACCUUCCUGUCUUUUUCUUUAUCUGUCUCUCUUGAUGCAAUAGAUCCAUGAACACAGUGAUUGUUUUGUUGUAUAUAUGUACAGUGUGACUGAUAGUCUCUUUAAGAUGUGAAAAUGGGGGGUGAAAAAUAUGAAUUAUUGGAGGUGUGUGUUGGGGGGGAGGGGGUGGGGGGGCGGCAAUGAUUGUGAUGUAAACUUUGUAUGAUAAUAGAGUGGUCGCUUUUUGUACAGAGAAUAAAAGAGACAUAAAUUUA